AUGACGGGGAGGGGCAAUCCGAAGUUCGCGGCGUCCGGUCUGAGCGCUGGGGAGGCUGAGGGCGCGGCGGAGGUGUCGACGGGAGCGGCCCGAGCUGGGGGGCGCCCCACGGCGCUCUCCCCGCACAUGCACCCCUCCUCCCCCACGAUCCCGCCCCCUUCGAAGAGUGGCGCGGGUGGCCUCCCAGACCCCAUCUCAAUCGAAGUGGAGCUCGAGGUGGAGUAUAGCGGGGGGUUGGAGGUGUCGCUGCAGGCCGAUCUUUCGUUUAUGCGAGGUCGGCAUCUACCGGUGCAUGUGAGUGUGGGCAAUGUGAAGAACCUUCGCGCGCAUAUGCGCGUGUUGCUUACUUUGCAGUACGGCUCCGCCACGAUGGAGCUUCCAGGGAAACCUUAUUUGGAUGCCACCAUUUGGCUGGAGUCCGACCCGUCUUUUGACAUGACCAUGCAUACGACGUUGACCCCAUUGGGAAUCAAGGACUUUUUCCUCUUCCCUUUGCUUACUAAGUUCUUCCUUUUGCGUUUCUUUCGGAGCAAGAUGCGGCGAUCGCGUGGUCCUGGUCUAACCAUAAAGGUGCCAUUGCCCAGUGAAAUUGUCGACAAAGGGGUUGAACGUUGGUGUGAUGGCUCGAACAGUGGGGGCAAUGAUAAUGUGGACAGCAAAGGUCAUGAUACCACAAGUGAAGCUGGCUCCAGUAUUAUUAGGCAAGGCCUCAGUAGCAGCAUGGACUAUUUAGGGGGUAGGUAUGGUGCAUCGUCAUCACCACCAGCUCAGCCGUUGGGGGGCUAUUGA